UAGAAUGGAUCACAUUCCUCGACUAUCGGAGGUCCUGUACGUGGGUCUGUGUGAUGAAAUAGGGACACCGACAGAAGUGGCCAUCAGAAGGGACGUGAGGGACAUGGAGGAGAUGAUCAAGAAACCUGUACAAUUGUGUACUGGAACUAUUUAUUUGAUUUCUGGUAGUUAUAGGGAGGGUUUUAGGUUUGACUACUCUGAUCGUGAUGUAAUGUUCUGGAUUCAUAGCCAUAAAAUGAUAAGUAAACUUUCUCAGUCAAGCAUAUACGAUCCAUCAAAACAUACCAUUAUUCUAAUGGAGGAAUCAGAUACACCGCCUGGAUUUGUAAAAUUACAUCUUCUUACACAGCCUAGGGACGACUUUAUCCAAUCAGCACUUGUUUCCCUCAAUGGUAUACAUUUUCUUUCAAAUUUGUUAUGGAAGGAAAAAUGGUUGCAACGGACUGAAGAAAACAAACAAUAUCAAAAUGUUGACAGUCAUGGUCCUUGUUCAAAUGGUUAUUUUCACCAUAUUGAAUUUGAUCAGGCUCUUUGUCUUAGCAGUGUACAUUGGACAAAAAUAACAAGUAAUUGGAUUGAGCGAUGUCUUCAUUACACCUGGCCUCCUGAAUAUGUGUUAACUGAAAUUCUGAAGAACGGUUUUCAUUGUGUUGCUAUCGGGAAUAAUAUUUUAUCUCCUUCCUAUGAAUUAGAGUGGAGAUUAUCGUUUUCUCAAGCCGAACAAAAAUUAGUGUGUACCAUGAACCAUACCCAAUUUUUAUGUUACGGACUCCUGAAAAUAUUUCUAAAGGAAGUAAUCAAUCAUAGUAUCCGCGAACCAUUACUUUGUUCAUAUCACAUAAAGACUACAAUGUUCUGGAUAAAUCAGUUGGAAACUAUUCAAUGGUACCCAAACAAUAUACUGAACUGUUUCUGGAAAUGUUUCAAAUAUAUCAUACAUUGUGUUUACCGUGGCGAGUUUCCCAAUUUUUUCAUUCCACAAAAUAACAUGUUUUCAAACAAAUUAAUUGAAUCUACUCGUAGCUGUUUACUAGAGCAACUUAAUCAAUAUUACAGAAUGGGCGUGUCUUGUCUUCUUCUUAGUCCGACUCUCAGAUCAAUACUGGAACCAGCUUUAAGGACUCCGUCGUUUGUGGUUCAUUUUUUCGAGGGUCAUAUUAAAUCUGUUGUAGAAGUAGAUUUUCAAUGCAGGGAUGAAAUAUUUUCUAUUUUUAUGACAGAUAGGCAGUAUAAAGAAAUUGUUACACAAUUUAAAUCGGUUGAAAGAUUAUGGCAAUUUUCAUUUUUGCCGUACCAAACACUAACAUUACAAUAUUGUACAGCUCAAACUUUUAUUAACAUGGUGUUCAUUGCAGCGCAGAGUUCUUCUUGUAGAACUCAUAAAGAGAGGUUUUCAUUAGAAAGAAGAUUUUGUAACAUACUGAAACUGGCUGGAAGGAUAGGUUGUGUGUCUGAUUUACUGUAUUUAGCUUUGUAUUACUAUAGAUUUGGUAGAUAUCAUGGAACUGUUAGGUUAAUUCAUUUCAUCAGAAAAAGACUUUCACAGCCUUUUAUCUUGUAUAAUCGUCUAGGUGGACAGGGAUAUGAAGCUGUAUGUAGUCUGUCUCCUUCUCAACGGAUGAAAAUGGCAUGGGCAGAUACUCUGAAACUUGAUGCGAGUGUUUUAUAUAUUCGAGAAUUAUUAUUAGAACAAUAAGAAGCCGAGAAGAAUGGAGAACGCUUUUUAUUUAUAUCUCCAUUUCUUACACUAGAAUGGUUGUCUGUGUUAUCUUUCUACAGACUAGGGAAUCGGUCUCUAUAUCAACAGUCACUGUCAGACUUAAAAACUCUGCUGUUAUAUGAUGAUGGGAUGUAUAUAUCUACACAUCAGAGAGAUCUAGCCUGGCAGAUACUUGGGAUUUGUCAGCACGUUGUUGGGGAUUUAAACGGGUCUUUAUAUUCUUAUCAACAGUCACUGAAACAGGAGCCA